CAAGCAGUAGGUUGACCGGGUCAUUUUCACGAGAGGGUCAAUCGCCAAGUUGCUCCGGACGUCGCACCAUCAUGCCGCCGGCCAAGAUCCCGAAGAAGCGCAUGGGCAUCAACACCAAGGGCGCGAGCGCCGACAACCCGAACCGUAAGGUGCCCAAGCGCCAGAAGGCCGCCAACAUGCGCGACAAGGGCACCAUCAACCGCCUCAACAUGUACCGCAACUCGGGCCCGAUCCGCAACCGCGAGGGCAAGAUCGUCGGCGGUAGCCUCAUGAUGGCCGGGCGCCAGGGCGGUAUCACGAUGCAGAACGCGGACGCGCCGUCGCGCAUUGCGCCGGAUCGCCGCUGGUUUGGCAACACGCGCGUCGUGGGCCAGAAGGAGCUCGACAAGUUCCGCAACGAAAUGAGCGUCAAGGCCGCCGACCCGUACUCGGUCGUGCUCCGCACGCGCAAGCUGCCCAUGGGCCUCAUCCAGGACUCGGCCAAGGUCACGCGCAUGAAGCUCCUCGAGACUGAGAGCUUUGAAGAAACGUUUGGCUCCAAGAAGACGCGCAAGCGCGCCAAGCUCGGCGCCGUCUCGGACCUCGAAAGCCUUGUCAACAAGGCCAGCGAGCGCGCCGAGUCGUAUGAGACCAAGGGCGUCGAUAGCAACAUCGCUGUCGAGGUCGAGUUCAAGGACAAGAAGUCCCACGACGUCUUCAACAAGGGCCAGAGUAAGCGCAUUUGGGGCGAACUCUACAAGGUGCUCGACUGUUCCGACGUCGUCAUCCAAGUCCUCGAUGCGCGCAACGUGCCGGGCACGCGCUCGGACCACAUUGACAAGCACCUCAAGACGAACGCCGCGCACAAGCAUCUUAUCUACGUCAUCAACAAGUGCGAUCUUGUCCCGAACUGGGUCACGAAGAAGUGGGUCCAGAUCCUCUCCAAGACGACGCCGACGCUGGCCUUCCACGCGAGCCUCAACGCGCCGUUCGGCAAGGGCGCGCUCAUCAACCUCCUCCGCCAGUUUGCCAAGCUCCACCCGGAGAAGAAGCAGAUCAGUGUCGGUAUCAUUGGCUACCCGAACGUCGGCAAGAGUUCGGUCAUCAACGCGCUCCGCAAGAAGCGCGUCUGCAAGGUCGCGCCGAUUCCGGGUGAGACCAAGGUGUGGCAGUACAUUACGCUCAUGCGCCGUAUCUUCCUCAUCGAUUGCCCCGGUGUCGUCUACGACGGCGUCAACGACGACGAAGUCGAGACGGUCCUCAAGGGCGUCGUCCGCGCCGAGAAGCUGCCGCAGCCGACGGAAUUCACGGCCGCGAUCCUCAACCGCGUCAAGAAGGAGCACCUCGUCAAGGUCUACGGCAUCACCGAGUGGAAGGACGAGUGGCAUUUCCUCGACCAGCUCGCGACCAAGUGCGGCAAGCUCCUUCCCAAGGGCGAGCCCGACCACAACAACGUCGCGGUCCAGAUGAUCAACGAUUUCAUUCGCGGCAAGCUGCCGUGGUUCAUUGCGCCGCCGCUCAAGGCCGAGGAGCAAAAGGUGUUUGUCGAAGAAGGCAAAGACGUCUCGCUCGACGAGCUCAACGCGUUCCAGAUCGAAGCGCUCAAGAACGAAGGCGUCGACGCGACCGCCGACGUGGCCGACGAGGAGCUCGCCGAGGACGACGAGAACGAGGAAGAGGUCGCCGAGGACGAGAACGACGACGACGAGAAUGCGGACGAGUAAAUUUUGCCUGACGCUGUUAUAUUGCCGUCGUGAUUGAAAUAUAUUAUAAUUCUAUACCACCCACUUCUUUGAUACCUUGA